CGAUGCUACUCCCUACCCUACCUUCACCUCGGACACGCGGCGGAGUGUUCAAGGUCGCUAGGAAUGAGCCCGACCUGCUUGGAUCGGCUCCAGCCUCCGAUGAUGCACCGAGGCCACGUCUAGCGGGGAAAAAAGAGAUCCUUCCGAAAGCCGACAGGGAUCGCCAGUUCGAGCAAGCUAAAUGAGAACUCUUCUAACGCUUCCUCGAUUCGGCGGGCGACGACGCUAGCACAGAGCAACACAAUCGAAAACCAUGUGUGCCUCCGCAGCUGGACAAGGCAGCAUCACACUGAGUGCAGGGUGAGGUUGAUGAGCGCUGAAAACAUGCAACUUCUCGAGCAUGGCCUCCAAUCCUGCACCCCCAGACUUGUUGCUGCCAU